CCCGCUUUUCACGCAUUUUGCGAAGAAAUCUUAUUAAGUUCGUGUGUGAGGAAUUUUUGGAUAGUUAUGGGAAAAAAGAAGACAAAAGGAAAACGAAAAGCAUCUCGGAGUGACAAACGCAUGCAAAAGCUUUACGCUGAUGCAAUUCAAGAAGUGAAGAAAAGAAAUAUCAAUUUGGACGAUCUGCCCGACAAAGAUUCUGAGGAAAUCGAAGAAGGCAGCGCUGAGCGAGAGAAAGUUAAACCUUCGGCGCAAAAGGCCAAAAAAAAUCCUACAGAUGUCCUGAGGAAACAAGAGCAAUUGAGAAAGCCUAGGGUUUCUCUUUCUGUUCCAGUUUCAAAGCUGGUUCCCUUCAAACCAGACGAGAGAGGAUUAGAAUUUCCCCGGGAUUUUCGCCGCGACUCGAGAUCUUCAGAAUGGAUUCCACGCUCUGUGGGGUUUCCACUGUUUGACCCAGGGGAAGUUUUCAAUGGGAGAAGAUCGCCCAGCUCUGAAUUUAAUGGUGAAAUCGAGAAUAUCAGCGUCGUCUCUGACAAAGAAACACCUGCAGCAAGGAAUGACUUGAAGGUGGACGAGAUUUUACAAGUACUGCCUCUUCGUAUUGGUGACGCAGAUAGUGAGAAUCCUCCAGGGGACAACAAAGUUCGUUCUCAUCUUCCACCGAUUUAUCGACAAGAAAUAUGGCAAGAGACAAUGCGUCAGGCCUCAACAACUUCGCGGUCAAUUCCCGCCAAACAAGACUCGUGGAACAUAGAACACGCUUCGCUGAUGGUUGGAAAACAGGAACUUUACACAAGACAAAAAUGCAAGACUAGUGUCAGUUUGGCCGAAAGACGCUUUCGACUCCGAACCACAAGUUCAGGGGCAGUUUUAUCUUAAAUUGAGGAUGUGAUUUAACUUUAAUCAGAGGGUUAAGAACUGGAAAACUUCUCAUGAACUGAACUGAAGUCUAAGAUAACUAAGGUCUGAUACUUCGUUUAACAAAGUCUCGGAUGAUCGAAUUAAGAUACAUUUUUCAGAACAUUUACACCAAAGAUUUGGCGUUGGUGCCUAAACUCAGGAAACAGAAAUUUUAAGCAACCAGCCGGUGUGCCCGAUAUACGACAUAAACUAGCAUCCCACGCUUAACUUGACUGUUCCGUGAACAACGCAAUGCAAUUCCCAUCAAAAUCUGCCAAUUUGUAACAGAAAAAUGAAAAUUGUAUUGUCGAGAUCAACCCCAUCACCGAAUUCCAGAGCAAUUGCUAUUCUUUAAUUUUUUUCUGAAGAAUUAUCAAGAGCAGGUUGUUCUACAUGGAGUUUUUCAGUCUUCGGCUGCUUGAAGAAUCUCAAGUUACGUCACCCAGUGUAUUUGCCGAAGUAAACCGU